UUUAAUGCAGACAGUGUUAUCUUUGAUGAUGGAAUUCACCCGAGGAUAAAAAGGGACUCAUCUGAAACCAUUAGAUUAACUUCUCAUUUCGAAGAAGAAGACAACAUUGGCUCCAUCUCUCUACAAGACACUCCUUCUCAGGCCCUUCUGAGAAUUUACCUUGAGAGGCAACAGGAUGCUGAUGAAAGCCUUACAUUGCAUUUCUCAACAUGGGAAGAAUUUUUAAGAUCUUAUGUAACCUUUAUUUUGAGAGUAGCAAUUCAUCAAAUUUUUGAAGAGCCACUGACAGAAAGCCCAGAUUAUAUAAAUUUCAGCAAGGUAACAGAAGUGAUGCUUGAGGAGGGUUUUGAGCCUGUCCCUGGCAGGAAUGUUUUAAGUGAAACAUUUCAAAUCACAAAUGAAAAGUCAGAAGAGAUGUUAGAACAAGCAAGUUCAAAGAGUGAGAGCAUUGGACCAGAAACCAGGGCGGAUUGGUGUGUGUCUCACAAAGCUUAUGAUAUUGGCAAUAGAAAGGAGUUUGAAAGAUUUAAGAAAUUUCUAAAAGAUACAUUAGGAGAGAGAUAUUUGUCAUUAUGGAUGGAUAUCGAGAGGUUGAAAGUUCUUAAGGACCCCGGAAGACAUCAAAGACAUCUUGAGAAGAUGAAAAAAUGCUAUCUAGUAAGCAAUGGAGAUUGCUACCUUUCUGCAGAAAUAUUAUCAAAACUUAAACUGCUGGACACAUCUCAGUGGAAUGAAGAACACUUAAGAAAUAUUCAGACUGAAGUUGUAAAACCCUUACUUCUUUAUUGGUAAGAAAAAUAAUGUGAAUCAAACUUAUUUGCUUUUACCUUUCCUAGGCAAGUUACAAGUUAUAUUUUUUGUCUUACUGAUUUAUAAUUUAUGGAAAUUUAAAAUGACAAGACUAUUGUAUCUUUUGCCUUCCUUAAAGUAUUUACCCGUUAGAUAAUUUGGAUGUUUGGGGGUUUUUAAAUCCAUAAUGAGGCUGGACAGUACUUAAGCUCCAUUUUAACUUCGUGAGCACAUCCUUCUACAUCUGACCUUUUUAUGGUCAGUAUCUCAUCAAAUUGAUGUGUGUGUGUGUACAUCUUGAUAGAGUUAUAGAUUUAUCAUCUCAGUAAAUAUUUUUGAGCACUUACUAUACAGUCCAAGUGCUGUAGUAAGGAUACAAGGGUAAAAUACGACAAGUCUAGUGUUUACAAUCUAGUAAGAGGAACAUACACAGGAAAUGAGUAUAAUAAAAGAAAGUGUGGUGAACACACAAUACAGAGGAGAUGUAAUUUUUCACUCAGGACUUGAAGGACUCUAAGUAAGGAAAAGAGAGGGGACAUAUGGAGAAAAUGUGUGCCAUUUGAGGGUCAUCGAGCUGCCUUGUGGCUGUGAUAGAUCUGAAUAUGUCACUUUUCUGCUUGAAAUCUUUUUCCAAAGCUUUCAGUGUAGAGUUCAAAUGCCUUAAGUUAGCAAAUAAGGUCAUCAUAAUUUGUCCCUCACCCACUUCUUUGGCAUCAUCUCCCAUCUGGGUAUUCCAGAUUACAUAUAUGCUUCGCACUUUUCUAUAUAUAGAUAGAAUGUUGUUUUUCUCU